AUGCUCUUGAACAACUCCAUCCCACGAACUGCGAAGCCUCUUCUCAGUCAGAUCCUCCGCCUUCCACCCGCUCUCCGUACCCUGACCACCACCCCCUCAAUCGUCCAACAACAAGACAACUCCUCCGCCCUGCACGAAGAAGAAUUGCGCCGCCAGACCAUGUCCAACAAGGGCUAUUCCGACAAGGGCUAUUCCGAGUCCAAAGGCCCCAAGAAGGAGAAGAAAGCACCGGCAAUUCCCCGACCCAGCGCCUCAGUCCUGGUCAUCUCUCCUCAAAAUCAAAUCCUGCUCCUCCAACGAGUGAAGCAAUCCUCCUCCUUCCCCUCCGCACAUGUCUUUCCCGGCGGAAACGUCUCGGAAUUCCACGAUGGCCGCGCUCCAGACCCCGAAUCCCCGGAGAGACAUGUGGACAGCGAGGUCUACCGCAUGGCAGCCGUGAGGGAGACGUUUGAAGAGAGCGGCAUCUUGCUGGCGAGGAACAAUGGCUUUGGGAGAUUGAUCGAAUUGGAUGAGAAGGAGAGUGAAGAGGGACGCAAAGCCGUACAUGGGAACAAGGUGCCUUUCCAGCAGUGGUUGAGCAAGAAAGGCGGGAGAGCAGAUCUCGACGGACUGGUACCUUUCACGCGAUGGAUUACGCCUACGAAUGUCCCCAAAAGAUUCACUACGCAAAUGUACAUUUACUUCUUGCCCACAUCAUCGGAUACGCCUCUGCAGGGAGGUUCGGAGGAUGAAGUCAAGAUUCCGACACCCACUACGGAUGGAGGAUUGGAACAUACUACGGCGAGAUUCCUACCCGCGAGUGCAUGGUGUCGUCUAGCACAGGAAGGACGGGUGAUUCUCUUUCCCCCGCAAUUCUUCUUGUUGCAUCAGAUUGCACAGCACUUUGACGAUCUGGCCGCUCCUACAGACUACGCAAGCAUCAAGAAAGAGUCACUAUCAAGAGAAGAGCUGGAGAGGAGGAGGAAGAGCUUGAUGGAGUUUGUCAAGGGAGGUACGCCGCCGUGGACGGAGAAGUGCAUCUCUCCGAUUGUCUCCCCGCAAAGGGACGGCAAGAGGAGGGAAGAUGGAAGGUCGAUCCUGGGGUUGAACAGACCAGGGCCGGAGUUGGAAGCGCAGAACGCGGGCAGGGCGGGACUUCAAGAGGAGUGUGUCCUGGUGGAGUUUCAGAAGGACGGGCCGAGACGGUUGGCGGUCAUAUCGAGGGAGGAGGCUAUUGGUGGUGGGGCCAAGUUGUAA